AAUUUACUGUACCGUGGAGAAAAGUACUGUCUCAGUGUGUAAAAAACGCGCUUAAUUUCUUUACCAGCAACUUUUUUUCCAAUUAUAGACAAGCAAGUGACAAAACAUGACAUUUAUGAAUAGUUAAAUGUAGGAUAGGGGAUAAAUACCUUAAUUUUGUGCACGUUUAGUACAGCAGUGUUAAUUAUGAAGAAUAAUUAUGAAGAAUAAAACAGACAUGUCAGUCUGGUGUUAUACUAGAGAUAUCUUUAUGAUGGUAAUGUUGUCAACGUUUCAGAUAUAUGCAGUUGAAGCGUUUUUUCCCUACAGACACGACAACACAUGUAGUUCCCGGCCGGACCAGAGUUGUAUACGGUGUAAUGGUAUUCCAGAAUGCUUUGACCUCUCCGACGAAACCGGCUGUUCAAACACGACCUUCAAGUUCGUCUCUGUACAAAACGCCACUAAAUCAUGUCGCGAUAGAAACUGUUUGAAAGUAUUUCCUGGACCGCCACCUUUGCCGCCAUUCUCACUGUGUGAUAGCAGACAGCUGACCACUAAAUUUUCCGCUGAAUCAACCACGGUUAUACCAAUCACUACAAAGCCGACUAGAAAGACAGCACCAUCCUCGCCGGUAACCACAAAACCAACCACAGAGACAGCACCAUCCUCACCGGUAACCAUAAAACCGACCACUCCAUCACAGACGUCAUCAGCAACCACAAAACAGCCCACCCGACAACCCUGCCGGACCACACGUCGGCAAACAACAACACAAUCGCCGUUUUGGCCAACAACACAGUGGUGGGAUAGGACAACAUCGCAGAGGCCGGUUGUCGUGACAACUACUGCUAGUCCCCCCUGGUCUACAACACAAUGGAUACCAACGACAACGCUGACAACUGAACGAUUUUUUAUGAAAAUGUGGCGUUUUUGUGCAUCCAGAUACCGUUACAACAGGGACAUAUAUUCUUGCGCGGUGAAGUGUUUUCUCCGAUGCUAUAGUUCAAGAGGAUGGCCCGGGAGUCUGGAUGGUGGUUCGGCUAUAUUUGAUUGCGUAGAAUCUAGAAUCGCUCCUACCACAGUAGCAAACAGUCUAUUUAAUGCGGUACCAACACAACUCUUCCCAACUUUCCAACCCGCAACCAACCCGCCUGUAGAAACACAUACCAGGGUAGAUCAAGAUUAUUACAACAGUAACCGAAUUACAAACCAGGAUUUGUCUUAUAUUUACAUUUUAUCUAGAUUAUUAAAUAACUGACGUAAAGAAGAAGUUAUUCUUAAUGUUUUCUUCUGUUUGAAAUAUCGCCUGUAAUAACUGCUAAACGAUAUGGAUGCGCAGCUCCAACUGACGUCCCCAUUACUAAAAACUUCUAGUGCCAAACACAGCGGAUUUAAGUUGUUUUUCGUUGAACUAUAUUUUGUGGGUUUUGUGCCAUAUAAAUAAUCAUAAUUUUACAAAAAUGUAAUAUCUUUGUAAUUUGAUAUAAUUUGGACAAUGCAUUUAAGUGCAUCAGCCCAGAUCUUAAAUCAUUUUUAUUUAAUAAGCCUAAAGAUGAUUCCACGUUUAGCUUUACCCGAGGUCAGGGUCAGUGUGAUAUUGUCAGUAUUAUGUCAUACACGGACGCCUUUGUCUUAAACCGUCACUUUCUAACCUCAAGAUUAAGUAGUCAAAUUUGUGGAAGUCUUUUUCUUGUUUAGCAUUUAAUAUAUGAUGUUUUUUUCUCUAGAGUAUGUGAUAAAAGAAUAUUAAAUUCAUGUGCACGACAGCUGUUUAAGUCUUUUAAUAAUAAACACGUUUGAUAUUAGGUUAUUAGCCAGACCUUAUGUCAACUGAAUUCAAAGUUCCGCCCGCUUAGCUUAAUACGGAGAGCACAGAUGUACGGAUCGCGGUGUCGUGAGUUCGAUCCCCGGGUGGGCGUAUGUUCGUGACGAUAGAUAAAAGACAUUGUGACUGAAAUCAUUCGUCCUCCAGAUCUGAUUCAUAUGGGGAAGUUGGUAGUUACUUGCAGGUAACACGUUUGAACUGGUGCAGAAUCCAGGAACACUAACUGAAAUGCUGUUGGAAACGGCGAUAAACGAAAAAGUGAAACUUAAUUCAAAAUCGAUUGUUGAACAUUUUUGUGAUAAUUGACGCCAAUAUCGGUAACUGAGCUUUGAAAUGAUUGUUCUGUAAUAAUUAAAUGCCAAUAAUGGUAUUGGUGCUUGUAAACGUGAUUGUUUUGUGAUAUUGAUGCCAUAAUGAUGAGUUGACGUCGCAAGUUUGAUUAAUUAUUCUUUUUGAUAUUUUUUAGACUGAUUAAAUAGAGAUAAUUCGGUGAUUAACCAUGGAAGUAAUUUUUAUUUCAUUUGAUUUUAAAAUAAACAUAAUUUAAAAUGU